UGUAGGACUGUUUUACGCAGGCGGCAAUUCACCAAUACUAACCGGCAGAAUUUACGCAAUGUAUGAGUUUAAGAACCGAGUUUAACUACGCAAAAUGCGUAAAUGAACAGUGGCGGUCGCUUGAUAACACUGCAGGAAGACAGAUACAGGGCGGUAACGACGACGUUGUUUUUGUUAUCGGGACCAACAGCAACAGUAUUUAAAACAACAAAAAAGGCGUGUCACUCUACCAUUAAAGAGGGCAAUAAUCAAAGUGAAGUGAAAUGGCUGUACGGAGAGUCACACAGGAAACAUUCGAUGCUGCGGUGAAGGAAAACAUCGACGAGUUCGAGAUGGAUCCCGACGAGGCUUUGAGGGAAGCUGUGGAGCAAUUUCAGUCUCAAGGCGUGGAUCUGAAUUGUAUUGUAAAAGCUGUACCUGCUGUGCCAUCCAAUGAUAAUCAACACAAGGAAACCCAUGAGGUCUUACAGGCGUUAGAGUCCCUCCGCAUCGCAAAAGACUCUGCUGGCGUUACAAAAGCGGCAGCAGAUCUAAAGUGUUUCACGGAACAAUGUCUACUUGGGUUUGCUCAAAGGUACCUGGCGGCCCAAAAAGACGCAUACCCUAUCAUACUCUCCUACUGUAAAAAGAGUGUCGGAGAGAAGGAAGCGGCGCUGGCCGCUCUGUGCGCCCUGGCCGCACUGACCGACGGACAGCCGGACUUGUUUGACACCGACGGACUACGUUUCCUCUUGGACGUUCUCAAGAAGCACAGGGCUGAUGAGGCUGUGACACAAGCCGCCGUCUGCGCUGUGCGUCACUGCUGUUUGAAACACGAGCAAAACAGACAGGAUUUGGUCAAAGCGGGCGUCCUGCCGCUGCUGACCGGCGCCGUCAAACAGCACAGCGGCUGCGCCGAGGUGGUCAAGGAGGCGUCUGCGGCUCUCAGGGUCAUGACCUUUGACGACGACGUCCGGGUUACGUUUGGGCACGCUCACGAGCACGCCAAGAGUAUUGUUCUCGAGCACAAUGGGUUGAAGGUCCUAAUAGAUUCAGCAAAAGCUCAUAACGACAAUAUGUCUGUCUUGGGUGAGCUGUGUGCCACUUUGUCCCGUCUGGCCGUCAGGAACGAGUUCUGCCAGGACAUCUGUGACCUGGGAGGGCUUAAACUUAUGAUGACGCUGCUUGCAGACAGCUACGAGUCACCGCAGGAGUUGGUUCGGCAGGUCCUCAGCGGAAUAAGAGCCGUCGCUGGAAACGAUGACGUGAAAGAUGCCGUUGUUAAAGCGGGUGGAGUCCAGCUCGUCGUCGUCGUCAUGAACAGACACCAAACGAACGCUGCUGUGUGCGAGCAGGGCUGUGCGUGCCUUUCUGUCCUUGCUUUACGUAAACCCAACAACUGCAAGGUCAUCAUGGAGGAAGGAGGCGCCUUAGCUGCUGUGCAUGCUAUGAGGACUCAUGCUUGUGCUGUUAAUGUGCAGAAACAGGCAUGCAUGCUGUUGAGGAACCUGGUGUCGCGGGAGCCCAACUACAGCCAACCUAUUUUGGACUUGGGAGUGGAGCCCCUCAUAGCGCAGGCACUACGGACCCAUCAAGACUGCGGAGAUAUUGCCAAAGCUGCCCUCAGGGAUCUCGGCUGCAAGGUGGAGCUGCGAGAGCUGUGGACCGGCAAACAUGGCGGCAUCACCAACUGAAAAGAGUGGUGCAGGAUUACUUCUUGUAAAAUGUAUUGUAUUAAAUCAAACAAAACCCAAUCUGAGAUACCGUAUUUUUCGGACUAUAAGUCGCAGUUUUUUUCAUAGUUUGGCCAGGGGUGCGACUUAUACUCAAAAGAGACUUAUGUGUCAAAUUAUUAACACAUUACCGUAAAAUAUCAAAUAAUAUUAUUUAGCUCAUUCACGUAAGAGACUGGACGUAUAAGAUUUCAUGGGAUUUAGCGAUUAGGAGUGACAGAUUGUUUGGUAAACGUAUAGCAUGUUCUAUAUGUUAUAGUUAUUUGAAUGACUCUUACCAUAAUAUGUUACGUUAACAUACCAGGCACGUUCUCAGUUGGUUAUUUAUGCGUCAUAUAACGUACACUUAUUCAGCCUGUUGUUCACUAUUCUUUAUUUAUUUUAAAUUGCCUUUCAAAUGUCUAUUCUUGGUGUUGGGUUUUAUCAAAUACAUUUCCCCCAAAAAUGCGACUUAUACUCCAGUGCGACUUAUAUGUUUUUUUCCUUCUUUAUUAUGCAUUUUCGGUUGGUGCGACUUAUACUCCGGAACGACUUGUACUCCGAAAAAAUACGGUAAUUGGGUUUUGCAGGUAAGACUAAUGAGGACACUUACAGUACAAUGGCUUUUCAGUUAAACCUAUUGUUUUAUGUUUUUUAAAGUUUUGAUCCUUAGAAUGGUAAAAAAAAAAUCCCAAUACCAAACGUCAUGCUAACUAUGUAAUAUGAUCAAAUUGUGACCAAGUAAUUGUAUGAUCUACUUCAGGGGUGUCAAAAUCUACUCCCAAGUGGGCCGGACUGGUAAAAUCACGGCACGAUAACUUACAAAUAAAGACAACUCCAGAUUGUUUUCUUUGUGUAAAAAUAGAACAACCACAUUCUGAAAUUGUACAAAUCAUAAUGUUGUUGUUGUUAUUUGUCGCUAUUUCUAUUUUUAUGAAUAAAUGAUGUGAUAAUUUUCAUCAGUCAACUAAUUGGUGUUAAUUUUCAAUCUAUCAAGAUAAAAAAAUUAUAUCAAAAUCAAAUUACAGGAUGUUAUUUAUGUAGUUUGAUCGUUUUCCUUGACUGAUGUACUAGCAACAUGUGGUUUAUUUUGUACAUACCUAGCAUCCCAUACAAAGAAUUGCUAUUGCGACAUCCAGUGGACACAUUUAGAACAGCUGUUUCUUUCAUUCAAAAAUGUUAGGUUAAUUUUUAUAUUUGGCAAAUUCAUCCCGUGGGCCAGAUAAAACCUGUUCGUGGGCCUGAUCCGGCCCUUGGGCCGUACGUUUGACACCCUUGAUCUACUUAAUGAAACUCUACUUAUGUGCAUUCGAGGCUACAAAACAGCAUCUAUACACCAUAUUUUCUUCCUUGCCUUUGCCUGACUCUGGUUUUUUUUCAAUAUUUUGACUAAAGUCUAAAAAAGUUAUUAAUGCACAAUCACUCUGCAAAAUGCAUUUUUUGAACACACUUGUCUGGUUUGUUACAACAUUCCCCUGUAAACAUAAUGUUGCAUGCUUCAUUUUUGGAUGGAUUUUCUUAUAAAGUAAUGCACUGUGCUGCUAUAAAGUUGGAGCAUGUGAUUAAACUAAAAUGGUAAGCUAAAAUAAAUGAAUCUAUGAUAUCAAACAGGCCA